AUGGCAGCAACAAUGUUGGAUAAACCAUUAGGUGAUCUACGACGAGAAAUAGCUGAUCUUCGUCAAUUAAAUAUAUCACGUGAUUAUGAUAUUAAUAAAUUAGGUACAAUUAUAAAUUUAUCAAGAAAUUCAUUACGAGAAACUGAAAUCUAUCAACAACAACUUUUACAACAAUUGCAACAAUUUGAAAUAUCAUUAGCAGAUAUUAAUCAAAUUUUACGAGCAAAUAUGAAACAAAAAGUACAACUUGAGCAACAACAACAACAACAAGAAUCAGAUAAUGAUAUUGAGAUACGUGCUAAACUAAUGACACUAAAUGCUGAAGCACUUGAAUGUCGUGCAGCCGCUGUACAAUUACAACAAGAAGCAAAAAUGGCAUUAAUUAAAGCAGCUGAAAUUGAAAAACGUGCUAAUGAUGAAUUAGCUCAACAAGCACAUGAAAUGAAAUUAAAACAACAAGAAAUAGAACGAGAUCGAGCUGCAGAACUUGAACGACGCGUACAAUUAGAAGAAGAGCGACAACGAUUGAAUGAACUUCAGCUUCAACAACAACGUGAACAACAACAAAAAGAACGUCUGUUAGCGACAACAAAAACACAACAACAACAAGAUGCGUAUGCUAGUUGGAAAGAACGCGAUUUCAUGAAUAAUGAUCAAUAUCCUCAAUGUAUUUUUCGAUUGCCACCAAAUGCUCUUUCAAUUCCAAUUGAUGUAACAUUUCUUAAAGUUUCUGAAACAGAAAAUUUACUAGACAAUCAAGAAGAACUUAUAAGUACACCAUUAGAAGCAUAUCAACAACAAGCUAUUGUAAUUGCUAUACCUUAUAUUAUUAAACGAUCAACUCAUCGAGAAAAUGUAAUAAAAAUUCGUCAAUCAAAUGGUAUAUGGAUAUCGAUUGAUACAAAAGAAUCAGUAUUUGAUUCAUAUAAAGAAAAACGUUUUGUUGAAUGUAAAUUAAAUCAAUCAGCAUCAUGUGCAGUUGUAUCACGUUUAAAACGUGAUACAGUUCUUAUUAAUAAAAAAUCAUCUGGUCGAUUUUUAUCAAAUGCUGAUCCUCGUUUAACAAUACAAUGGCCGAAGAAUGUUUGUUCAACAGAUUUUCAUAUAAAUCUUCGUGUUCUACCUGUUGAUCUACCAACAUUUACACAAUUUUCAAAGAAUUUUUCAAAUGAAUGUCAUGGUUUAUUAGCUGUUGGACCAAUAAUUGAACUUCAUUAUGAUGAUAUUACUUUACUUAAACCAAUACAAUUUACAUUACCCAUUCUUGUACAAACUAAAAAGAAAGUCAUACCAACUAAACCAACUACUUUAGAAUCUCAAACAUCUCAACAAACGACACCAAAUCAACCAUCACAACAAGAAAUUAUUUUACAACAACAACAAUCUAUUUUUAAAUCUUUACUUGGUGAAGAUUUAAGUAAUGAACGUCUUGUUCUUCUUUAUUCUAAUCAUAAUGAAAAUAUGUGGCAUAUUGAUACAAAUGUUAGUCUUAUUGAUUCUAAAAUUCAUGAUAUUAUAACAACCGAUAUACAAUAUUUACAUAGUCGAAUGAUUAUUGCUCGUUAUGAUAAACAAUUUAUAUCAACAAAACAAUUACCAACAACAAUUAAUUUACUUGAACAAUCACUUAAUCAGCGUUCUGUUUCAUUAAUACUUCGUCGUCGUUUAUCAAAUCCAAAUGAAAUAUGUUUUGUUUGUUGUUCAAAUCAACGCAUACAAACAAUUGAUAAUGACCUUCAACAAGAAAAUUUUGUUGAUGACGAAGAACAAUCUAAGCGACUUAUUUUACAAGAAGGACAAUUAUUAGAAUUACGUUUUCGUGGUAAUGUUCUACCUCUUGAAUAUAAUCAACAAUCAUAUCCAUUUGCAUUUAAUACGUAUUUUCCAUUUUACUUUCAAACAAAUGUUUGUGAAAUCGAUAAAUAUUCUCAACAUUUGUCACCAUUUUUUUAUGGUUUUGUACAAAUAUUUGCUAAAGAAAAAAUUUCAAAACCUAUUACGAAAGAACUUGACAAGAAAAAACAACAAUUAGAUAUAAUGAAACAAGAAUUGCAUGAAACAGAUGUUUGUUUAGCAGAAUUAGUUAUUCGGUUACCGAAACCACGUGAAGGAAUUCGAAUACCUACUCCAAAAACAUUGACAACAUUUACUGGUGAAGGAAUUUUAACUCCAGUACUUUUUCAUGAAAUAUCAGCAAGUUUAGAUGGUAAUCAAUGGCAUCGAUUAGCACGUCGUUUAGGUAUGUCACGUAUACGUAUUGAAGCUAUUGGACAUGAAUAUCAAGAUGAUGCACCUUAUUAUAUGUUACUUACAUGGUUUAAACGUGCACCACGUUCAGUUGAUAAAGAUUUAUUAUUAAUUCAUGGACUAAUGAAUAUAAAUCGAUGGGAUAUAGCACAAGAAUUGCAAUUAAUGAAAGAGGCUAAACGUCAAGAACAAGACAUAUCUUCAAAAGAAGAUCAAAUAAAAAUAUUAAAUGUGGCAUUUAAUCGUAUUUGUCAGCAUGAUGAAUGUGUUCGUAUGUGGAAACAAAUAGCAGGAGAAUUAAUGUUAAAUAAUGAAGAUAUUCAACAUAUUGAAGAACAAUAUUUAUCACAACAAGAACGAUGUUUAAGAAGUUUAGAACAAUGGGCUUCAAAUGAUAGUCGAGCUGAUAUUACAAGUUUAUCUCGUAUAAUAAGAUCACUUGGUUUCAAGUCUCUUAGUCGUGAACUUGACAAUAUGGCAUAA